CGAGCUCAGAACCAAGUACUGAAAAAAGGGGUUGUAGAUGAGCAAGCAAACUCUGCUUCUCUGAAGGAGCAACUGAAGAUGAAGGAUCAGUCACUGAGAAAACUGCAACAAGAAAUGGACAGCUUGACCUUUCGAAAUCAGCAGCUUGCCAAGCGGGUGGAGUUACUUCAAGAUGAACUUGCAUUAAGUGAAGCUAGGGGCAAGAAGAACAAGAGAAGUGCAGAAUCCUCAUCUCAAUUGAGUCAAGAGCAGAAAAGUGUUUUCAGUGAAGAUCUUCAGAAGAAGAUAGAAGAGAAUGAACGACUACAUAUACUUUUCUUUGAAGCAGAUGAGCAGCACAAACGUUUAGAAGCGGAGCUGAGAACUAGACUUGAGGUUUUGGAAACUGAUGCUGCCCAGCAUCAAGCUGUGGUGGACAGUUUAACAAGGAAAUACACGGAUACCAUAGAAAAACUGCAGAAUGAUAAAGCCAAAUUAGAAAUCAAGUCUCAGACACUAGAAAGAGAAGCUAAGGACUGUAGGCUUCGAACUGAAGAAUGCCAGCAACAGUUAAAGAAUCUUCAAGCAGCUUUGGGCAGUAGACUGGAAGAAUCUCUGUGCAUAAUCAAUGAAAAAGUACCUUUUAAUGACACAAGAUCUAAUCGAUACAAUGCUCUCAAUGUACCGUUACACAACAGAAGAUAUCAGCUGAAAUUGCGGGACCUUGCUGGCCAGGCACUGGCUUUUGUUCAAGAACUUGUAACAGCUCUUUUGAACUUCCAUACAUACACUGAGCAGAAGGUACAGAUCUUUCCCAUUGAUUCUGCAACAGACACUAUAUCACCAUUAAAUCAGAAGUUCUCACAGUAUCUUCAUGAAAACGCUGCAUAUGUUCGCCCUCUGGAGGAAGGAAUGCUGCACUUGUUUGAGAGUAUUACAGAAGAUACCGUGACAGUCCUGGAAACAGCUGUGAAAUUGAAGGCCUUCUCAGAACAUUUAGCUUCCUACUUAUGCUUUUUAAGAAAGAUUCUUCCCUAUCAGUUAAAAAGUUUGGAAGAAGAGUGUGAGUCUUCUCUUUGCACAGCUGCUCUAAGAGCUAGAAAUAUGGAGCUACACAGAGACAUGAAAAGGCUGACUGCAGUCUUCGAGAAGCUACAUACAUACGUUAGUCUUCUUGCGUUACCAAGUACAAAACCAGAAGGCCUUCUUAGGACAAAUUACAACUUGGUGUUUACAAACAUUGCUACAAGUCUUCAUGGAUUUCAUGACAUUUUAAAAGACACUUCCAAGCACUACAGUCAGAAAGCUACUUUAGAGCAAGACGUUCCAACUGCCACACAGAAACUCGUAACUACAAAUGACUGUAUUUUAUCCUCUCUUGUGACUUUAACAAAUGGAGUGGGGAAGAUUGCCUCAUUCUUUAGUAACAACUUGGAUCACUUCACUGCUUCGCUGAGCUAUGGACCUAAAGGAGGAACAGAGUUCAUUAACCCGCUUUCAGCUGAGUGUAUGCUGCAGUACAAGAAAAAGGCGGUUGCUUACAUGAAGUCUUUAAAGAAGCCUUGUGCAGAUUCAGUGCCUUAUGAAGAGGCUUUGGCCAAUCGCAGAGUUCUUUUGAGUUCCACAGAAAGUAGAGAAGGUCUUGCACAACAGGUCCAGCAGAGUUUGGAGAAAAUUGCAAAACUUGAACAAGAAAAAGAACACUGGAUGUUGGAGGCCCAGCUAGCUAAAAUAAAGCUAGAGAAAGAAAACCAAAAACUGAAGAACUCUCUUAGUGGACAUUUAACUGAAACUAUACAAGAGCGUUCUGUGUUGCCAAAUGUAGCUGAACAAAAGAAGGAAGCCAUAGAAAAAAGUCUGAAGGAACCUGCUAGAAGUACUAGUCUGAUUGGAAUGUUGACUACAACUACUGAUAAUGAAGAGACUCCAGAUGUUGAAUCUCGUGAAGACCUGAUAAAAAACCAUUACAUGGCAAGGAUAGCAGAACUCACAUCUCAUCUGCAGCUUGCUGACAGCAAAUCAGUACACUUUCAUGCUGAGUGUCGAGCACUUUCCAAAAGACUGUCUUUAGCAGAGAAGUCCAAGGAAUCGCUUACGGAAGAGUUGAAACUAGCUAGUCAAAACAUCAGCAGAUUACAGGACGAAUUGAUGACAACAAAGAGAAGUUAUGAGGAUCAGUUAAGUAUGAUGAGUGACCAUCUCUGCAGUAUGAAUGAAACCUUAACUAAACAAAGGGAAGAAAUUGAUACUCUAAAGAUGACUAGUAAGGGAAAUUCUAAAAAGAGCAAAAAUCGAUAG